AUGUCGAGUUCUGCCUCUGGCGACUCGGGCGGUGGCCGUUCCAUGGAGUCACGAGUGGGUAGAAGCAAGCAACGUUACAACACUAAGGGCGAACGUCUCGUCGCUGGCAUCGUGCCUCUCACUCCCGAUCAAAACUAUGUCCUAUUGAUUCAGUCUACCCGGCGCAAAGGCUGGGUGCUGCCCAAGGGCGGCUGGGAGUCUGACGAGACUUGCCAGGAGGCCGCUGAGCGAGAGGCCUGGGAAGAAGCUGGCAUCACUGUUCAGAUCACUUAUGAUCUUGGUGACAUCGAUGAGAAGCGUGCGCCAAAAUCGUCAAAAGAUCGGUCAAGAUACCACUUCUUUGAGGGCACAGUAACUAGCGAGUACGACGAUUGGCCCGAAUCCCACAAGCGAGAACGCCAGUGGUUUACAUUUGCCCAGGCAUGGGAGGCGUUAUCAACAAGACCAGAGCUACAGGAGGCCUUACAACGGUCUACUGUAAACCGUCAAUAG